UUUCCAGCACCCACAUGGUGGCUCACAACCAUCUGUCAUGGGAUCUGAUUCCCUCUUCUGUGUUUAUGAAAACAAAGCACUCUUAUACAUAGGAUGAAUAAAUAAAUAAAUGUGCAUAAUAAAUUCUUUGUCCUGGCUUCCCAUCUCAUGCAUUUAAUACACUAUCUGUCUGUAAAGUCUGUGUUCAUCCUGUCUUUGUCUCUCCUGUACUUUUCCCUGUAGCUCAUUCAGAUCCAGCUACAGUGACUGACGGACUGACAGUACCGUGACUCUCUCCUAAGAACGUAAACCCCAUGACGGCAGAAACACUUUCUGUUCUCCAUGAUGGCAGAAACACUUUCUGUUGUUGCGGCUGUGUUCUCAGAGCCAGGCUAAUGUAUGGCACAUAGUGAAUGCUCAAACAGUCAUUGAAUGAAUGCUUCAUAAUUUUGGUUUGGGGUUCCCUUCUCCCCUCAAUAUAUUACUUUGGGCUUGAUUUGGUAACCAGAAGUACUCACUGUAAGACCUUUUAAUACUAACGGACAUGUUUUACAUAGUUCUAAUUUCAGACAGCAUGUGGGAAGUUCAGACCAGCUGUAUCUUGUCUCUGCGGUUGUUUUAAAGUAACUACCGAGUACCUGAUGUGUCAGCUUUACAGAGUCUAACGUGCAGGAAGCUCUUUAAUCUGGCUUCUGUUUACAAUCCCUUAAUGCCACACCCAAAUCUAUGUUCUCCACUUUUCUUUCAUUUCCUCACUAAGGGCCCGUUCUCAGGUUUCUCACUCUGGCCUCUAUUGCUAUAGUCUCAUCACUCCUCUAUUCUCACGGUGCUUCUACAUGUAUAUAUGACUGUACACUGCUGCUGCUACUACUAUUACUACUACAACUACAAUAACAACAACUACUACAACUAAGAUUGAUUGUGUUGCCCAUGACAAUAGACAAAGGGUAGUUUGGGCCUCAGUUUUUUGUCCAGGUUCAAACCUCAUGUCUCCUCACGAGUUUUGUCUAUCCAGGUCUUUUGCCUUCACUGACUUUCCCAAUCUUCUCUAGUCUGGCAAGGACUAGACCAAGUACCUACACUGAAUUUACACAUUUAAGGCCUCAGCCUGGAAACCCUGCCCAUCCUUCUAUAGCAUGUUUAUUCUUUUAGACUUAGUCCUGGCAUUGACUCCCAAGUGACUUGGACUCCUCGGUGAGCGUUAGCUUCUGUGGUGUUGACUUUUCCCUGAGCACUUUGGGCUUUGGGCUGUUGGCCGCUUUGUUUUGUUUUGUUUGGACAUGGUGUGUCUUAUUUCAUGAGCUCUUGAAGUACUAAGGCUCUAUCACUGAAGAAAAUGAAGUAGUCUUUUUAGUAAGCUGCAGUAGGGUGACUAGGAAUCUCCACAGGAUAUGUCCACGUCCUAACCCCUAAACCUGGAAAUGUGACCCUCCUUAGAAAAGCAGUCUUUUUGUUGGAAUUUAGCAAUGACUUCCAACAUUAUAGUAAUUUGUUAGAACUUGUGUGAGGAGCUAAGUAGAAGAUUAAAGCAGAUGGCUCUUAUCUGUUACUGUUCUCAUCACUGACCAAAAUGCCAGAAACAGGCGACUUAGGGGAGGAAAGCCUUAGUUUGGCUAUUGUUCCAGGUGAUCUCAACGCAUUAUGGUGAGGAAGACAUGAUGGCUGGAACAGACGAUGGGGCUCCUCAUAUCACCCAGGCAUAUAGAAGGUCAGAGCUUGGGGCCAGAAGCAAAGAGAACCAAUCAUCACAGCUUCUCCCACAGCCAGAGAAUGAAUAAGAGGCCAACGGCAGAAGGAAUCUUCUGAAAGAAUCUUUUGUGCAUGCCUCAGAAUCGGGUAUGUUGACCUGAAGAAAUCCUUAAGAUGAAUGCAAGAAAAACAUGGCAGAAAAUAUCUACUCUAAUGAGGCCAUUCAUAAAUCACACUUAAGUCAGAACAUAUCCAGUUACAGACAAAAUGACUAUUUCCACGCUGCUACUUUCUCCUUAUUGGCAUUUGCUAACCCGCCUCUCAAGAAUGCCUUCCCCACGGCUCCUUCACUCAAGUCACCCUGCGCCGGGACCCCCAGGUGCUCUGCCAAACUGUUUUGGACACCACUGUGCUAAGAGGGUGCUACUGUUUGACGGCUUCAGGAGGACGUUAUGUGUCCAGGCAACCUUGAAGGACCACACAGAAGGACUUUCCGAUAAAGAACAAAGAUUUGUGGAUAGACUUUAUACGGGUUUAGUUCAAGGACAGAGAGCUUGCCUAGCGGAGGCCAUAACUCUCGUGGAAUCGACUCACACCAGGAAGAAGGAGCUGGCUCAGGUGCUUCUGCAGAGAGUCUUAGCCCACCAGCGGGAGCAGGAGUUGCGGAACCAAGGAAAGCCCUUCACAUUUCGAGUAGGACUGUCCGGGCCCCCUGGAGCAGGAAAAUCAACAUUCAUAGAAUGUUUUGGGAAGAUGCUGACUGAGCAAGGACACAGAUUAUCUGUGCUUGCUGUGGAUCCAUCUUCUUGCACCAGUGGUGGGCGCCAGCAGAUUGCAGAGCAGUUGCUGUGUACUGUACAGAUUUACAGCAAAGGACAUGUCAUGAGAAAGUUCCAGAAAGACUCUGAAGGAAGAGACUGUAGUGUGUGGUCCCUCUUAGGUGAUAAAACCCGGAUGAUUGAGCUGUCAAGAGAUAUGAAUGCCUACAUCAGGCCCUCUCCUACCAGUGGGACUCUAGGAGGGGUGACAAGGACCACAAAUGAAGCCAUUGUGUUGUGUGAAGGAGGGGGCUAUGACAUCAUUCUUAUUGAAACCGUCGGUGUAGGGCAAUCGGAGUUUGCUGUGGCUGACAUGGUCGAUAUGUUUGUUUUAUUGCUGCCUCCAGCAGGAGGGGAUGAACUGCAGGGCAUCAAACGGGGGAUAAUUGAAAUGGCAGAUUUGGUUGUUAUAACUAAAUCUGAUGGAGACUUGGUUGUGCCAGCCCGCAGGAUCCAAGCAGAGUAUGUGAGCGCACUCAAGUUGCUCCGUAGGCGCUCGGAAGUCUGGAGGCCAAAGGUGAUUCGCAUUUCUGCCAGAAGUGGUGAGGGCAUCACUGAGAUGUGGGACACAAUGAGAGAGUUUCAGCACCAAAUGCUGGCCAGUGGGGAGCUGGCUGCCAAGAGACAGACACAGCACAAAGUCUGGAUGUGGAAUCUCAUUCAGGAAAACGUCUUAGAACACUUCAAGACCCAUCCCAGCAUCCGAGAACAGAUUCCCCUGAUGGAGAGAGAGGUCCUCAGUGGAGCCCUCUCCCCAGGACGAGCAGCAGACUUAUUGCUAAAAGCUUUUAAAAGCAGACACUAAUAAAUUUAUCCCGUGUAAUCACUUUGCAGAGUUUUCCUGAGUGCUGAAUAUCCAAAAUAUCACCUGCAUGUUUAUGCCAUUACACCUGUAUCGUGCCCCGGCUGGGAACUGCUUGUAACCUUGAAGCUGUGGGUGGUGUGGUUAGACACACAGCAGCUGGGAGACCCUGCUGUGUGGGACUGGUUCCACUGUAGCCCUUCCUUAUGCCCUGACAUGCUGGCCUGCUAAGAGUUUCUUCUCA